AUGGACAUUCUCAUUGCCGACCGGUAUCGCGUUGAGCGUAAGAUCGGCGCCGGAGGCUUCGGCCUCGUUUAUUCCGGAACCGACCUCUCCUUGGGCGAGGAGGUCGCCAUAAAGCUCACGUUUGUUCGAAACAACCCCGAGGUGCUCCGAGGCGAGAAGGACACAUACGACGCGCUAGACAGUAGGGUCGGAAUCCCGCGAGUGCGAUGGUUCGGGCAGGAGUACGAUUUCUACGCGCUGGUCAUAGACGCCCUUGGCCCGUCACUCGAGGAUCUUUUUAACUAUUGCGACCGGAAGUUCUCUCUCAAGACUAUUCUCCUUAUCGCCGACCAGGCCAUCGCCCGAAUUAAGUAUAUCCAUUCGAAGGGCUUCCUCUAUCGCGAUAUUAAACCGGACAACUUCCUUAUAGGGGUUGGCAGGCAAGGGAACUCACUAUAUAUGAUUGAUUUUGGUCUCGCCAAGGAGCUUUCCAAUGCCGAGCGUCGUAAGAAUAUAGAGGGUAUCCCGCUAGGUGGCACCAGACAGUACGCAAGCAUCAACAACUAUAAUGGCCGUGGUAGGUGUCUUAUCGCGGACGACCUGGAGUCCUUUGGGUAUAUUUUCCAGGGUCUAAAGGUUAAAUUUGCCACAUAUAUCAACUAUACCCGGGGACUGGCUUUUGAUGAUAAGCCGGACUACUUGUACCUUCGCCGGCUUUUCUAUCGCCGGUUUCGAGCGGAAGGUUUCACAUAUGACCACGUCUUCGACUGGACUAAGAAGUCGUUUAAGGAGAUACAGAGCUAA